UCUCCCAAGUCCCCCCAACGCUCUAUUGUAUAAAUAUUAGUGAAGCAAACGAAGGAAUCCUCACAACACCAAUCUCUCUCUAAUGGCAUAUUCUAUCUUCUUGCAGAAAAAUUCAAGUUUCAACAAUGGCGAUAAACGAACCAGAGUUUGCCACAGCCGUGGCGGUGACGAAAAAGGAGAGAACAUUCAAGAAAUUCUCAUUCAGAGGAUUCAACGUUGAUGAUCUUCUCAAGAUGUCAAACUUUGAUCUCGCUAAGCUCUUCAACGCUCGUGUUCGCAGGAGGUUCUACAGGGGACUAAAGAAGGGACCUCUGAUUCUGAUCAAGAAGCUACGUAAGGCGAAAAAAGAAGCAAGUGAGGAGAACAAGAAGAAGCCUGAAGCUGUGAAAACACAUUUAAGGAACAUGAUCAUUGUCCCUGAGAUGAUUGGAAGUGUUGUCGGAGUUCAUAAUGGCAAGACGUUUAACGAAGUCGUGAUUAAGCCUGAGAUGAUUGGUCAUUACCUUGCCGAGUUUUCGAUGACUUGCAAGAAGGUUAAUCACUAUAGACCACGUAUUUGUGGUUGUGGUUGUUUCCGUCGGUCCACUAGGUUUAUUCCUCUUAGGUGAUGAAGCAACAGGUCUGUUUUUUUAUUUCAAUUCAGAGAGAUUUUUACUCUCUUUUUUUCUUUUGGGACCUUUUUGUUUCUGCUUUGUGAUUUCUGUCUUCUCAUCUUUAGAAUAUCUCUUAAAGCUUUAAAUAAAACUCAAUACUAUGAAGCAAAUUGAGUACAAUGACUAU